CCCAAACUCAAUCUGCUCCAAUCGAAGUGGUCAUCAAGGCAAGGGCAACUUUUGACGAAGGAGCCUCUUGGAGCCCGGAAAAGUUUUAAUCCCGCCAAUAACAGUCCCCGAAGUGGCUCCCGAGACAUUCCAGAUUUGAAGGAGCCUCCUCCCAUGAGAGGUGCUCAAAUCAAUGUGGCCGUUCGUUAUCUGAAUCACUCUCAGAAUAUCGAGCAUAUUCAUCUGAGUCGGGCUAUAAUGUCCUUGAAGGCAAACGAACGACACCACUUGCUCCAUAAUGAGUGUUCAUCCAUCUUCCAGGGAAGACCUCGAAUUAACCCGAGAGGCUACACGGCCUGCGUCUAUGGAAACGAGAUGCGAGCUCGACGACAUAGGAUCAAGACCGUGUGCGAGGGACACAAUGGGAUAAGGAACCGAUCCGAGUUGGUCACCGAGCGGUUUUUGAUCGUGAAAUAUCGCCAUUUAGUUUGGUGUCCGGUCUACAAAGCCGCCUCCACCAAUUGGAUGGUGACUCUCCCAUCCCUCACGAAUUUCUCGCCCCGGGAUUUGGAUGCGUUGAGUCUCAAAUACCGAAGCCAGAAUGAAUUGGCCCAAUUUGUAGCCAAGCCCCGGCCUAAAAGCUCGUUUGAAGCCUACAUGGCCUUGCGGCCUAAGCCGGUGACAUUUCUCAUUGUCAGACAUCCUUUCCACAGGCUCCUGAGUGCUUACAGGGACAAAAUCGAGGCCGACAACGCUUACUUCUUUGCAAAAUAUGGCUCUGGGAUAGUGACUAAAUAUCGUUCCGAGGCCUUGGAACGCUUUGGAACCACUCAUAGUAAACACGGAACCGUCUGGAGUCCCAGGCCGACAUUUUGGGAGUUUAUUCAAGCGGUUCUUCGCGACGGUCUGAUGGACCCACAUUGGCACCCAAUUUCCUCUUGGUGUGGUCUUUGCCAUCUUCAGUUUGAUUUUGUCAUCAAAUUCGAGAAUUUAAGAGAGGAAGAGGACUUUCUGCUCGGCCAACUGGGCCUGAAAAACAUCGUGCCCAUAUCUUGGGAGAAUCGCAAUACCCAGGGAGCCCCUUGGAGUUUGGCACUUCAAAGGCAUUACUUCUCAGCCCUGAACUCCACGGAAAUGAAAAAGUUGCAUGAGCUCUAUCGUGAUGACUUUGAGCUCUUUGAAUACGACUUCAAAUUGAGCGACUAUCAUCUGCACACAGCAGUGGACAAGAGAGGUAUCCAUGCUCUAGCGAAGAAACUCGGACAAGCAAGAUAAGAUCCUUGAGAUAAGAAGAGGAGCUAAAAAACGUGGCGGAUUCACUCUGCAGCAACAGGCACAACGUCGAC